UCUUAUCUCUUUUUCCCCGCACAGAAGGCGUCAGUUCCUCGCCUUUCCCCUCCCGUCGGGCAUAAGGAAGUGAGGCUGCGCAAACCACGGAGCCACCGCCGGCUAAUUCUAGUUCAUGACGCUAGCCACCCUUCUCCGGUGCGGUGCUGAGUGCGACAUUGUGCUGGAUUAGUGCUACUCCGUAUAAUCCUGUGGAGAUCACUACAAUUAUGCGUGCAUUUUGGAACAUUACUUGUGAAUCUGAUCCACAGCAAGCCCGAUUCCGGAAUUCAUCCGGAGGAGCUGGAGCUGCGCCUGCGCGGCCGCGCGAGAGAACUGAACUGCCUCCGUCUCCGCGAAGUCGCAAGGCGACGACGACCCGCACCGCACGCCUCGCGCACCACGUGUCCGCGUGGAGCACGCCGCUGCGGCUACUUAAAGCGCAGCCCACAGUUCCCAGCACCCACGCCUCACAACUUGCUCUCUGCUCUCUCUCUCCUCUCUCUCUCUCUCUCCUGUCGCACACGCACAUGCUCUCUCGGGCGGCGAUGGCUGCGUGGUGGGUUUGUGGGUUCCUCUCGCUCCUGGCGGUGGCCGCGGCCGCUGCGGAUGGGGCCGAGGGGAAGUGGGAUCCGUUGCUUCGGAUGCCGACGGAGAAGGGGUGUGCUCCUGCUCCUGCGCCGGCCGCGGCGGACGAAGGGGUGACGAAGUGGGCCGUGCUCGUCGCGGGCUCCUCCGGCUACGGGAACUACCGGCACCAGGCAGACGUGUGCCACGCAUAUCAGAUUCUGAAGCGGGGAGGACUGAAGGAGGAGAAUAUUGUGGUGUUUAUGUAUGACGAUAUCGCCAAAAACGUUCUCAACCCGAGACCUGGAGUCAUCAUCAACCAUCCUAAAGGCAAAGAUGUUUAUGCUGGUGUUCCGAAGGACUACACACGUGACCAGGUCACUACUGAAAACUUCUUUGCGGUCCUCUUGGGCAACAAAACUGCGGUUACUGGAGGGAGUGGCAAGGUGAUAGACAGCAAACCAAAUGACCAUAUUUUCAUCUUCUACUCGGACCAUGGGGGUCCUGGUAUUCUUGGUAUGCCCAACAUGCCAUAUCUUUAUGCUGGUGACUUCAUUAAGGUGUUACGAGAAAAACAUGCUUCCAACAGCUACUCGAAAAUGGUUAUAUAUGUCGAAGCAUGUGAAAGUGGCAGUAUCUUCGAGGGUUUAAUGCCAGAAGAUCUUAAUAUUUAUGUCACAACAGCAGCAAACGCUGUCGAAAAUAGCUGGGGUGCAUACUGCCCUGAGAUGGAACCACCACCUCCGCCUGAAUACAUUACAUGUUUAGGCGAUCUCUACAGUGUUUCCUGGAUGGAAGACAGUGAUGCUCAUGAUCUAAAGAAGGAAACCAUCAAGGAUCAGUACGAGGUGGUUAAAAAUAGAACCUCAAACUCAAAUAAGUCUGAUAGGGGUUCUCAUGUCAUGGAGUAUGGUGACAAGACAUUCAAGGAGGAGAAGCUUUUCCUUUACCAAGGUUUCAAUCCUGCAAAUGCCAACGUCGCGAACAGGCUGAUUUGGCCUGGCCCGAGUGCAGCAGUCAAUCAAAGAGAUGCUGAUAUUCUUUUCAUGUGGAAGAGGUAUGAGCAGUUGAAUGUCGGAUCUGAAGAGAAGCUGAGGGCUCUCAUGGAGAUCAAAGAAACCAUGGCACACAGGAAGCAUCUCGACAGCAGCAUUGAUUUCAUUGGGAAGCUUGUUUUUGGAUUCGCAAAUGGGCCUUCAGUGCUUGAGGCUGCUAGAAGCCCUGGCCAACCAUUAGUUGACAAUUGGGAUUGUUUGAAGAGGAUGGUACGAAUCUUCGAAUCCCAGUGUGGAUCACUUACUCAGUAUGGCAUGAAACACAUGAGGGCGUUUGCAAACAUAUGCAACAAUGGCGUCUCUGAAGAUAAAAUGAUGGAGGCAAGCACCAGCGCGUGCGGCAGCUACGACUUGGCGAGGUGGAGCUCAGUGGCUCAAGGGCACAGCGCUUGAUCAUCCUCUGCAGUAGCAAAUGCCCCAGAGGCUUCCAGACCUCACUUGUGUAUAUACAUACCAUGGAUACAAGAAGUCACCCAACGAUGUGCCUCUUUUGCGUUGGGUUAAUUGAUAGUUUAUGGUCGUGCCUGUAUAAAUCACGUUUCAAUUGCAAUCAAUGAAAAGGCAAUGAUUAAGACCAA